GACCGUGACACUACGGGCCUCUUUGCUUCCAGCUUCGAAGAAAUGUAUGAAAACGAUCCGGAGCAAUUUAAAAACAGUGUCCGCUUGACUCCCAAUGUUUUCGAUUUAUUGCAUGAACUUUUAAAGGAACGGCUUACUAAAAUAUCAAACAGGCCACCGAUUUCAUCAAAAUGCCGUCUUUUCUUAACGCUUACUUAUCUAGCACAUGGAGACAGCAAGCAAACCCUUGCUACAGCUUUUAAAAUGGGGCGCUCCACUGUAGUAACCAUUAUCAGCGAGGUCUGUGAAGCAAUUUGGCAGGAGCUGGGUGGUAUUUACCUGUCGGUUCCACAGAAACAUGAGUGGAAACGCAUUGCUUCGGAUUUUAACACCAUGUGGACCUUUCCGAAUUGCAUCGGGGCGGUUGAUGGAAAGCACAUAACGAUAUCAUGCCCCCCCAAUUCCGGAUCAUUAUUUUAUAAUUANG